AUGAGCGAUCCCAAAUUUAUUCUAUUGAAUGACAGAAAAGCUUCUGGAGAGGCAUCUCCCAAAACACUCCAGCAUCAUGACCCACCAGCUACCGAUGUACCGAACAAUGUCAAGUGGAGAAACCUGCAAAGUCUUCUGCCUGAUAUUCAUCUUGCUCGGCUACUUUUUGAACAUUAUGUUCAGACUGCGGACUGUCUGCACCGCGAGAUUCAUGUUCCUUCCACGCGCACUCACCUGGAGGCCACUUACAAUGAACUAUCGGGAUCGAUGAUGGGGUUACAUGAAACGAUUAUCCUGUUCCUUUCCAUCUUCGCAUCCAGCGCCUUUUAUGUCUGCCAUUCACACUCCCACUCAAUAUCUAACCAACUGAAGGAUGCGUCGAAGUGGCACAAUACAUGGAAGGAGGCAGUCAUAUUUGCACUAUUGCAGCCAGAUGCAAUACGCUCGUCGUCACUAGUAUCUCUGCAGACAAUAUUGAUCAUGACGUAUUUAAUAUGGGACACGGAAGGCCAAUCAUCUAUGUUCCAUACCCUAAGAGGUAUCGCACAUUCGAAGGCAAUUCAAAUGAAGAUCCAUCGCCUCGACGCGCAUCAUCCAACAGAAGAUGACGACGUCAUUGUAACAGAACUCAAGCGCCGUCUCUGGUGGCAUCUUGCGUCUACUGACUGGCUUGUUGCCAGUGUCCCAGGAAGCCAGGAGGGAAUAUAUAGCAUCAACUCGAAGCUUAUGGCGGUCAAAUAUCCCCUUAACAUAGACGAUGCCGAUAUCCGUGCCGACGGACCAUCCCCAAAUUCGCUACCCGAGGACCAGCCAACAUCAAUGUCAUUCUUCAUCCAACGUAUUAAGCUUGCUGAGGUAUGUCGAGAUAUGGUAGAUUCUAUGCAAAGCAUCCACCAAAGAACAGAUAUGCCAGAUCACGAGCAGAUCCGCCAGAUUGUUGGAUGGUUUAACGCAUUUGAGGGAAACCUGCCAUGGUUCUUCCAGAUGGAUGAAGAAAACAGAAAUAAAACAGCAGUCUUGGCUGCCCACCACCCCUAUAUUAUCCGGCAAAGGCAUGUAUUAUUGUUUGGACUAUACUCACGACUUGGCCGUUUGCUAAGGCCACUUCUUAUUCGAGGAGGGAGCCAUCCAUCUUGCUCUGAUUUGGUCAAUCUUGGAAUAUGCUGCGCCGAGAAGUUAUUGAAUAUUCGUCAUACAGUCGAACCGGAAGAUCUUUGCCCUUCCUUCCAUUCACACAGUAUUGACCAACACUCGUUUGGUGCCCUGCUUCUCUUGACCAUUGAUAUUAUGCGGGAUAAAGAUGAGCUUCGUGCACGGGACAGAAGGAAGAACUUGAUUCGCGAAUGCGAAAUGCUGAGAGGAAAGCAGAGAUCCUUGGGGGAGCCUACGAAAAACAUGAUCCGAGCGCUCGAUCAAUUAAUAGGUAUCAUUCAGAAGCCACGUCUAUCCUUACCGCGAGAAUUUGUGGAUGUGAAUGGUAACCAUCCUGGUCCAACGUCGCCUUCAACGCCAUAUGAUAGUGCCGGCCUUCCGACACAACCAUUCUCAUCUGAAGAAACCGAAAUUCCAGGAAGUCAAACAGUGCCCACUGGGAAAGCAGAUGACCCAGAGGAGUAUGCCCACAUGUCUUUUACCUCAGCGGAUAACUUUCCGUGUGCUCAUGAGCAUCCGGCCAACAAUCCUGCGGGCCAGGAUAUCACCGAGCUAUGGACAGAACUGCUGAACAGUUUCCCUAAUUCGCCAGGGUUUACAUGGGAAGAGACAUUUGACUGGACGUGGUCUUAA